AUGGCUUCCCCUCACGUAUCAAUCUUCGAGCCUCUCAUACUCCCGGCAGCAGACUCAGAGGAAUGGGGCCCUCAUCAAAUUGGUGGUUCAACCUCCGUCAGUGGAAUCCCUGGUGAUCUCAUCUCUCUGGUCGAUGGUUACCGCAAUGUUCGAGUAUGUGACUUUUCCCAACAAGGAAAGCGCAUCCGAGACAUGCAGGCCGCCCAGGGCCACAAUCGAGGUCGGGUCAGUGCCACUCCCAGCGAGGAUGAGAAGGACAAGGGCUUCCAGCUGGUCGAUACCUCCUCAGCCCCACGGAAGCAUCAUGUGAAUAAGUACAGCCAGCCCCGGUGGCAAGACCACCGCAAUAACCGCUACCAACAGCAGCAUCAGCGCGAUGGACGGUAUCAGAAGGGCGGCGGCGGGAAGUCCUGGGGUCCUGCUGCUGGUGGUCGUCGUCAUCAGCAGCAGAGUGCCUACCAACAAGGUUGGGGACGAGGCCAAGGCGUCGCCAGGGGCAUUAAAGAGUGGAGCGUUGCGCCCAAUCCCGACUGGCAGCUCGUCCGAGAAUUGCCAUUCACCCUUCUGGCUAAGGCGCAUGUUGAUCCUAAGAAGGUUGCCUAUGAGGACCUUGUGUGGUGUGGCACUGGGCUGAAGGCUUAUGAAAAGACCUACGACAGGGUGUCUCCCAAGCUUACCAAGUCAUUGAAGCAGUACCCCGAUAUUGCUUUCUAUAACGUCAGUACGGGUCAAGAUCCGGUCAUUGAGCAGUUGUUGACCAACCAGCCUGUGGCGAAGGGACAGGACGUCACGGUUGCUUGCACUGAUAACGUUCUCUCCGUGAUGAUGGCCGCUAACAGAUCUGUGUACUCCUGGGAUUUAGUCAUUACUCGACUGGAUAAUACCAUCCUUAUCGACACUCGGGAGGGGUCCAAUCUUGACAUGCUCACUGUCAAUGAGACUAGUAGCGAACCUCCGGCGACUCAUCCUGACGAGAGCGCUGAGGGGACGAAAACAGAGGCGUUUAACACUGUGUACAAGGUUGGGGAGGAGGCCACAUGCAUCAACCAGAACCUAACUGUGCAGCUUCUCUCAUCGUCCCUGCCCGAGAAGAGCAACGAGUAUCCGAACCCCUUCGACCAGAGAGAAGACGAUGAGGAUGAGGAGGAGGAAGAAGAGGAGAAGGAGGAGCUUCUACCGCCCAGCAACGUAGCGUACAGGUACCGUAAGGUUGACCUUCCUCGUGUGCCCGAGGAGAGUAAGAGUUGUAACAUAUCGAUGAUCGUACGGACUGAGGUGGACGCCUAUGUACCCCAAGGUGAAGGGCAGCAGCAGGAGCAGCAGCCUGUCUAUGCCAAGAUACGUGCGCUCAACGAGAUUCCCUCGACUCAGCAGCAGAAGCAACCUUGGAGGUCGUCGUUGGAAUCCCAGAAGGGAGCGGUCCUUGCGACUGAGGUGCACAACAACGCCUUCAAGUUGGGUCGUUGGGUUGCCAGUGCCCUUCUGGCGGGUACUAAUGUUUUCAAGCUGGGAUAUGUCACCCGUGCUCGCAUGAAUGACCCUUUUCACCAUUCUCUGCUGAGCGUCCAGACCUACAAAACUGAGGAGUUUGCUAAGCAAAUAGGGAUGAACACCUCUAAUGCAUUCGGCAUUGUUCAAGCUAUUGUGGACUUGGUGAUGCAGUAUAAGGCCCCUGGAGCGGAGGAAGAGGAGGAGGAUGAGGACGGAGCAUCGUCGUUUGCUGGGAAAUUCCUGCUUCUUAAGGAGCCGUCCAAGAGCAUGAUCCGACUUUAUGCGGUACCAUGGGAGGAGUUUGAGGAGUCGGAUGAGGAGGAAGAGGAGGAAUUGUCAGAUGAAGAGGAUGAGGAGGAAGAGUUGUAA